UUCUCCCUACUUUCUCCCUGCUUUAACACAGAAGGUCAAUUCUAGCCAUCUCAUGAUCACGAGACAAUAAAACAGGAAGGAAGAGUCAAGAAUAUUACUGAAAUGUUGGCCUGAACAUCACUGAAAGACACCCACCAUGGCCUACCUUUCGAUUCAUUAUGUGAGAAAGCGUCACCGGGAAACAUUCGGGGCUGUGCGGCCCUAGCAAGACCGGAGCGGGAACAGGAACGGGAGUCGGAGAAAAACUACAAUACCCAGGAGGCACCGGGCGACCGGCGCGCGGCGGUGACGUCGCGGAGGCCGGCGCGAGGCGCUGCUUCGGCCGGAGCUGCCAGCGGGGUGCUGCCGCCGCUGGUUGUUACAGCUGCUGAAGCAGCUACGGCCCCUGCUCCCGGGCACCCCUCCCGGGCCCUCGACCUCCGGCUCCGCACGAGCAGCAGCGGAGAGGGGUGGCAGGAUGAAUGUGGGCACAGCACACAGCGAAGUGAACCCCAAUACGCGGGUGAUGAAUAGCCGCGGCAUCUGGCUCUCCUAUGUGCUCGCCAUCGGGCUUCUCCAUGUCGUGCUGCUGAGCAUCCCCUUCGUGAGUGUCCCUGUCGUCUGGACCCUCACCAACCUCAUCCACAACAUGGGCAUGUACAUCUUCCUGCACACAGUGAAAGGGACACCCUUCGAGACCCCAGACCAGGGCAAAGCGAGAUUGCUGACCCACUGGGAGCAGAUGGACUACGGGGUCCAGUUCACCGCUUCUCGGAAGUUCUUGACCAUCACGCCCAUUGUGCUGUACUUCCUAACCAGCUUCUACACCAAGUACGACCAGAUUCAUUUCAUCCUCAACACUGUGUCUCUGAUGAGCGUUCUCAUCCCUAAGCUGCCCCAGCUCCAUGGAGUCCGCAUUUUUGGCAUCAAUAAGUACUGAGGGUGCAGCCCCUUCCCCAGCCUGGGGUGGCAGGGGAGGGGUGGAAGGCGUUUGCUGUGAUGCUGAAGACAAGGAGCCUCUGGACACUGCCGGAGAUGGAGAUGGGGAUCAUGCCUCGGCUUAGGUCCCCCUUGCUUCCCCAGUAGCCGACUUGGAGUAGCUUGUAGUGGGGUUGGGGUGGGCCCCUGGGCUCUAACCCAUUCUGAUUUUUUUGAUCUUUUCCUUUUGCCUUUUGAAUUGACUCCAUGGGGGUGGUCAUAGAAGGGGCUGGGCUCCUGGGCUGAACAUGGACCUGGAUCUCCAGGGUCAGGACAGGAGGUGAGGGAGAAAGCCCUGCUUGCUUGUUUACCCUCAGGCAGCCAAAGCACUUUAACCCCUGUGAGGGAGCAGAGAAAGGUACGGCUUCUGGAUUGUUUCCUUUUGGCUCUCCAGGCUAUAGGGCAACAGUGUUUUUUUGUACCUAUGGAAGCAAGUGUGUGACAGUACCUCACCCCUCUGGGUGGAGAGCCGUCUGAUUGUAGGUCCCAGGCUUUUGGUGGCUCCCCUGCACCCUACUCUGGGUGCUGGGUGGGAGUGGGGAGGGUGAGGAGAGGGGAGGUGGUGGGGGGCAUACAUGGCCUGGUUCCAGAGGUAAAGGGCCAGGGCUCUGCCAUCCUGGUCCUGGUAGAGGUUGGGAGAGGACAGUGCUGGGUAAGGGUGGGGUAGUGAGCUGAGUCUUAGAAGAGUGGGCCUUAGCAGUAGCGGAAGUAUAUUGUAAGGGGUGGGCGGAAGCUAGACCCACCUCCUCCUGGGAUGCCAGCUUUCAGGGUUUCCUCACCCACAGAAUGGUCUUGGGGAGAGGUAAGGGAAGUGGCUGUGGAUUUGAAAUUCCUGGGUUGGCAUGAGGGGUGGACAUGGGUGGAGGAGGCCAUGUCAUUGUAAGCACAGGUACAGUUUGACACUGUCCUCUGUGUGGUGCGAGGGUGUGGGGAAGCUGCAACAGAAACGGUAAACAAUGGGGCCCUUCCGUAGCCCCUCACCUUGUGACCUCCCUCUUCAGACUGGUGCCAGGCAGAGCCUCUUGAGGGACAUGUACACGUGGGGCUCUGAAACCACCUCCCCAAGAGUUUGGUGGACUGAAGGGUCCUGUAGGAUUGUGGCGGGGGUGGGGGGAGUUGUGGUGGAAGGAGCGAGGAGUGGCAGUAGGCACUGUCUCAGCCCAAGGAGGGAGACAGGUGGGGCUGGAGAGGAGGUGCUUUCUUCCCCCCUAGUCCUGCUGGGAGCGUGUUACACUGACAAGGUGUGGGUGCCUGAACCCUCUCCUGGGGGGCCUGAGGGAGGAGAGGAGGUCACUCAUCCUAUUUUCUGCCUCCUAUCCCCACCCCCACCCCAUGUAUCACAGGGAACUUUCACCUUAAAUCUUUCUAAGCAAAGUGUGAAUAGGAUUUUUACUCCCUUUGUACAGUAUUCUGAGAAACGCAAAUAAAGGGCAAUGUGUUCCUGUU